AUGCUUCAUAUGGAUGCUGAGUUCAUAAGUGGUGUUGUUGUUUCGUAUUCCAAGCUUCUUAAAGAAAUGAGUGGAAUGAGGAAAGAGAUCAAAGAAGUUUUAAAGACUGUGCGCGACGUUCUAUCGCACAUAAAUACAACUUGCAAUCCAAGCCUGCCUUCUUCAAGCACAUCUAAGAGUGAAUGUUUAAGUAACAUUCAGAAGCCUUGUCUGGAUAAGAAGACAGCUCUGAUGCUUCCCAAAGAGGCUUUGGAGAACUGUGUGGCAUUGGUAGGGAGGAAGGAGAAUAGGUACAGAAUUCCAAUAUCUUGCAAAGGCAGGGCCAAGAGGAGCUCGUUGAAAGCUUGUGAUUCUCAUCCAAGCUUCUUCGAGGAGAUUGGGAGGGAAGUGUAUUAUGCACAACUGGAGGAUGAUUUAUCUUAUUGA